AUGGUCAGCUUCGGCUUGUUCUGUCUCAUGGGCUAUCGGGACCGGGGGAGCCCGGUCUCCGAGGUGCUCGGCAACGCGGUGCAAAUGGUGCAAUGGGCGGAGGAGGCGGGCUUCGAGGCCGCCUGGUUCGCGGAGCACCACUUUUCCAACUAUUGCGUCUGCCCCUCGCCGCUGCUGAUGGUCAAUCAUUGCGCGGGGCGCACCAAGCGGAUCAAGCUCGGCCCGGCGGUGAUCGUGGUGCCGCUCUAUCACCCGGUCCGGCUCCUCGCCGAGAUCGGCAUGACCCAGGCGCUCUUGGGCGAAGAGCGCUUCCUGCUCGGGCUCGGCAGCGGCUACCAGCCCUACGAGUUCGAGCGCUUCGACGCCGAUCUCGGCCAAUCCAAGGCGCGACUGGAGGAGCUCGCGGCACAGCGCGGCUUUGUGCCGAUCAUCACCGGCCGCUGGUUCGGCGCGGAUUACCUGUCCGAGCAGCGCGAGCGCAUCGACGCGUCCUACGCGGCCGAGGGCAUGGGCGGGGAGGCCCACGAGCUGGGGAUUCUGCGCUUCGUCUGCGUGACAGAGAGCGACGAGGAAACGCUGGACUACCUGGUCAAUGCCCGCCAGCAGAUGCGCUUCGCCGCGGCGCUCCGCAACCGGCAGGAGGCGAUGGACGGAGGCAUGCUGAUCGAGAGUCCGUUCUCCGGCGAGCCGCCGCUGGAGGAGAUGGCCGCGAACCUGCCGGCGGCGGGCUCCACCAUGUCGCAGGCCGAGCGGACCAUCCGGGCCUUCGCCAGCGAGAUCCGGCCCCGGAUCGCGCGCGCGCUUGCCGAGGACCCGGGAGCCGCGCGUUAG